AUGGAUCGAUGGGUUAUGAGGAGGAACGUGGGAGAACUUUUGGCGAUUCUUGUACUUGUGUUGAUCGGGCGGUCCCCAAUAGCCGGGGACUACGUAUCAACCGAUGAAAUCAGCGUAUCGUGUGGUGCUGAUUCGUUUUCUGGUUUUGGACCAAUAACAACCAGCUUCCUGGUCAUACCUCCAAAAUAUAAUCUAACAAUUUAUCCUAAUGGAUACGAAAAUCAGGUCAAAAAUGAGUCCGUUUGCAGACAGCUUAUUAUAAGUUCGCCUAUUAAAUGGAACUACACACUUGUACUUGAUAUUGUUGAUCUAUCCGUAGGAGAAGUUGGACCCUGUGGCCAGAAACGAGUCGAUCCGGAAAUUGUUCAGUUUGAUCUCAUCAUUCGUGGAGGUAUCCUGUUAGAUGAAAGAGAUACGAUGGUGAGGAUACAGUGCAGGUACAAACCGGCAUGGGUGAUCGUGGACAGCAUAUCAAGAUAUAAAGAUUUAGAACCAGAUACAAAGAUUACACACGUCCAUCCUAGCUUCGGGCCUAAAUCUGGCGGGACACUUGUGGAGAUAAAAAUAAAGAAUCUUUCGCCACAUGAACAGAUAGAGGAGGUUAAGAUAUCUGAUAUUAUAUGUAACAUUACAAGCAAAAACUGGAUUGACAACAUCACCACAGUGGAAUGUCUGACUGGAGCAUCGCCAUCAGUGAAAAAUGGUACCAUCUCCAUUCUACUCGUUGGGAAAUUGAUAUUUUCGAAUGCUGAACCUGGCGUAAACCUUGACUAUUCAUAUUUAGAAGAUCCAGAAAUAAGGAACAUCACAAACAUUGAAACGCCUAUUAGUGGUGGUAUAAAUAUAAAGAUAAUCGGCAUCUACCUGACAUCAGUUCCUGAACCACAACUCAUUAUCGUCGUGAAAAUAGGAAACAUGACUGUUUUUGUAGAGCAGGAGUGUAAUGAUGUCCGUUUUGACUCCAUGCUCUGCCAAGUUCCUGACCUAACCACUGCAGUAAACACUAUUACCUCCACAAUAUCUGACUUACAAGGUCUUAACAUAACUGAACUACUUGAGAACUUUGACUUCGAAAUCGGCAUAAAGCUUGAUGGUGUGAAGAAGUAUGAGAACCUAACAAAGGCCUUGCCCAACAAUCCAAAUACCAAACUUAAGGUUACUCCAGAUAUUGAAUUUAAAGAAUUGGAAGAUAUUUUUUUUGCAAAUAACUGGUUCGAUAUACUCACACUCGCUGUUCCGGUGAAAGAUCCUUCUUCAGCUGUUAGAGGAUCUGAUAUGAAUGUAAGAGUAGGAGAUAGCAUUUGUGAAGUGAUUCAGUUGAACGAGAAUGCUCUUCUUUGUCGUCUUCCCAAGAGAAAACCAGAUUAUGGAACAUUGGGGGCCGGACCAGAACUGUCGUAUUACGUUCAGGCCCAAGUAGGGGAGAUUGGGCGAAACUACACAGUUGGUAACGUAAAGUACGUCAACAUGGAGCUCUACGUUGGACUUGCUGCAGCGGGAGUUGUCAUUCUUAUUAUUGGCUUUGUGAUACUCGGAGUAUAUUGCAAACGACGCAAGAAAGCGGUGAACAAUAAACGAAUUCCAGAGUUUGUAAACUUGCAGGUUUUAACUGAAAAUGAUGGGGAAUAUGCAACCUCACGGAUUGAGAUAUCACAACUUGAGAGAAACCUUGCUGAAAUAUUGGGUGAUCGACUUCUAAAAUACAGUGACAUAGAAAAGCAGAACAUUAUUGGACAAGGUCAUUUUGGAAUUGUAUACAGAGGUAUUCUAAACGAAAAUGUUGUUGCUGUGAAAACGAUUAAGGCAUCUGGAUGUACAGAAGAUCAGUUAUCAGAAUUCCUGACAGAGGCUUUAGCAAUGAAAGACUUUGAUCAUCCAAAUGUGUUGGGCUUGGUUGGGAUUGCAAUGAAUAAUACGAUUCCAUUUGCCGUUAUCCCAUUUAUGGCCAAUGGCGAUUUGAAAUCGUAUGUAGGGGACCCAGAUAAGAAGUUUACGUUCAGAGAUAUGUUGGAGAUUUGUAAACAAGUUGCUCAGGGGAUGGAAUAUCUUGAGUCAAGACGAUUUGUACAUAGAGACUUAGCUGCUAGGAAUUGCAUGGUGUCCUCUAAAAAGGUGGUUAAAAUAGGGGAUUUUGGUCUGUCCAGAGACAUCUACUCGGACAAGUACUACGUGGAUGAAACUCUGUCUAGACCACUUCCUGUUAGGUGGAUGGCGCCAGAGAGCCUACUGGACGGCAAAUAUAGCAGCAUGUCUGAUGUGUGGUCGUUUGGUGUGUUAAUGUGGGAAGUACAUACUAGAGGUGGAACUCCAUAUGCUGACAUAGAUUCCUACGCAAUUAAGUAUUUCAUCACCAGUGGGCAACGACUGGAGAAGCCCCCACUAACCCCGGAUGACGUGUAUGCAAUUAUGUGGUACUGUUGGGAUAAAGAUUCGCAUUCUCGGCCAACUUUUAAAGAUUUAGUUGAAAUGAUUGGAAUAAUCUUACAAGAAGGCAGUUCUGGCUCAGGACCGUCAUCUGUGAGAGCCGAUGACCAAGACACACGAUCUUCAACUCAACAGUCGAGGCCAGUUCACUGUUCACCGCAAGCUAUCCAAAUGGUUAACUUUGGGAAGCGACAACCAGAUCGUCAUAAUCCUUCUAAGCCAAAACUAAAUCGAAGAAAGGGAAACCCUCAUGAUUUACCAAUAAGAGUACACAAUAAAAACCAAGCCGAUGUUUCAGAAAAUAAAGGAUUGGACACUUCCGGUUACAUCCUUCCAAAAUCCACAUAAUGCCAUAAGAAUGAACAUUCGACCUAUUUGCCUGUGGAAAAAAUAAUCACGCAGAUUCCUUAAUUAUUGAGAGAUUGAUUUCAAAAUUAGUAGGUGGAAUUUUUUGGGUCCCUCUGCAUUUAAUCUAUUAAUACGUGUAUAUCUUAGGAAAUUAAUAAAAU